AGGGCCCCGCACGCAGGCCUCGCCGCCCGAGUCUGAGUACGCUCCGGCCUUUCCCCGCACCCCGCCCAGGGACCGUCAGGGAAAGGAGAAGGUGUUCGGUAGGGCUGGUCCAGCCGUUACGGGCGGAAAGUGAAAAAAGAGGGGGGUUGGGAAACGGCGUGCACUGCUCCACUCGCGGUGGGGGCUGGCUUGUUUUUGUGACGGAGGCUGAGGGCGGCAGCGACGGCGGCGGCGGUCUACCUUUUGAAAUUUUUCAACCAUGACUAAAAGAGAAGCAGAAGAACUAAUAGAAAUUGAAAUUGAUGGAACUGAGAAACAAGAGUGCACUGAAGAAAGCAUUGUUGAGCAAACAUACACCACUGCAGAAUUUGUGAGUCAGGCUAUUGAUAUCAAUGAACCAGUUGGAAAUCUUAAGAAACUGCUGGAACCAAGACUUCAGUGUUCUUUGGAAGCACAUGAAAUCUGUCUGCAGGACAUUCAGCUGGAUCCCGACCGUAGUCUCUUUGAUCAAGGUGUCAAGACAGAUGGAACUGUGCAGCUAAGUGUCCAAGUAAUAUCAAGACAAGGAAUCGAACCAAAGUUAAACAUCCUUGAAAUUGUAAAGCCGGUGGAAACUGUUGAGGUAGUGAUAGACCCAGAUGCCCACCACACUGAAACUGAGGCACACCUUGUGGAGGAAGCUCAAGUGAUAACGCUGGAUGGAACAAAACAUAUUACCACCAUAUCUGAUGAAACAUCUGAACAAGUAACUCGGUGGGCUGCAGCACUAGAAGGCUACCGUAAAGAACAAGAACGCUUAGGAAUACCCUAUGACCCAGUACAGUGGUCAACUGACCAGGUGCUGCACUGGGUCGUAUGGGUAAUGAAGGAGUUCAGCAUGACAGACAUAGACCUCAAUACUCUUAGCAUUCCUGGGAGAGACCUGUGCAGCCUCAUCCAAGAGGAUUUUUUUCAGAGGGUCCCUCGGGGAGAAAUCCUUUGGAGCCACCUGGAACUUCUUCGAAAAUAUGUGUUAGCUAGCCAAGAACACUCUGGAGAAAUAGCAACAGUUACUAUUGAUCAACCUGUGCAAAUUAUUCCAGCUUCUGUACAGCCUUCUACUCCAACCACCAUUAAAGUCAUAAACAGUAGUGCAAAGACAGCAAAAGUGCAGAGAGCACCAAGGAUUUCAGGAGAAGAUAGAAGUUCACCUGGUAACAGAACAGGAAACAAUGGCCAGAUCCAGUUAUGGCAGUUUUUACUUGAGCUUCUGACUGAUAAAGAUGCUCGAGACUGCAUUUCAUGGGUUGGCGAUGAAGGAGAGUUCAAACUAAACCAACCAGAGCUAGUUGCACAGAAGUGGGGACAGCGUAAAAAUAAGCCUACUAUGAACUAUGAGAAACUCAGUCGUGCUUUACGGUAUUACUAUGAUGGGGACAUGAUCUGCAAAGUUCAAGGAAAGAGGUUUGUAUACAAGUUUGUCUGUGACUUGAAGACUCUCAUUGGGUAUAGUGCCGCAGAGUUGAAUCGAUUAGUCACAGAGUGUGAACAAAAGAAACUGGCAAAGAUGCAGCUCCAUGGCAUUGCACAACCGGUCACAGCAGUCGCACUGGCUACAGCAUCUCUGCAAACAGAAAAAGAUAACUAAGUACUAGGACCUAAGAGCUUGGAAGCAUGAGGCCUUUAUUGUAUGCUGAGCAGUUUCUGGUCUUAAAACGGGAGCUACUUCUGUUCCUUGGCAGUACAAUAUGAUGCAUGGUUUUUCUACAGAGAACUAAGGCUCCCAGAAAUUUGGAUCUUUUUCACUUAAAGGUAUAUAUUUCAUGUAUGUUAAGGGCACUCCACAGAUUCUUCAACGUGAAGACAAACCUCUUGUGGAAAGUAGUCUGGAAUUGGUAAGAAAACCUAAUAUUGGUUGGUGCCAUGUCAUUGCCCUCCUGAUGAUUUUUCAAGCAUUUUAAGAAAGUGAAGCAUUUACACAGCAUAAACCAGUCAAUAUUUUGAGUUUAUUUCUCUGCACUUCUGUUCUUAAGCUACCAGAUAGAAUGUAAUAUAUUUCUACAGAUAGAGCAGCUUCUGUUAACCAUGCUCAUUAUUAUGUAAGCAUGCCAAGCUGCAAGAAACACACUGAAAAGUACCAUGCUCCUAAGGUGAUUUCUCUGUUCAAUAGCAAAAGAAGUGUAAUAUAGGCAAAACUGAAGAUCACUGCUGAAGAGAGAGAUCCAAGUCUAAGUCCAGCAAGAUCAAAAACCAAUUAUGAGUUUUUUGAUAUAACAUGUAGAUAAAGUGUGAAUUUAAGGAAAAGUACUAUCUUGAGAGACCUUGCUAAACUUAAUAUCUGGAACAAAAAGAUUUUCCAUGUUUUUCAUGUUAAGGAGAUUAAAAACUUGAAAUGUUUGUCUCUCAUCCAAAGAAUAGGUUUUUGCUUUGUUCUAAUCUACAUUGCAGAGUAUAUCAGCUGAUUCUGCUUAUACUUGCACUGUAGUUGACUUUGAACUGAAGACUUAAGUUAAUCACAGAGAAAAGCCCCUUCCUGUUGAGGAACAAAAUGUAAUUGCAGCUUAAUUGAUAAGAAAUGAAGUUUGACUUCCCUAUGUUAUAUAGUCUAAUGUAUUAAAAUAAAGACAAAUGCAGUUUCUUUCUUUAAAUUGCUUGCUUUCCAAGUGCUUAUUUUGGUGCUGUGGAAAUAAAAGGGUGUGUAUUAUUCAGACUAAACAAGACAUAGUUCAGUAAUUUGAUAAUUUAAACUGAUUUCCAGUUUAAAUCCAGAGGUGCUUGGAACUUUACUUGGAACUGCAUUUUCUCCAUUAGGAUCUUUAUUCUCUUUAAAGCUUGGAAAGCACAUUCAGGAAUAUGUGUUUGCUUUUUCUUCACCUUCCACUUAUGUGGUGUAAAUACAUUCUGGUUGUGUGCAGGUUUCUCAUUGAAUCAUCAUAACUAACAGAACAAGCAUAUUAGAAGUUGUUACACUUAACAAUUCACAAACAUGCAGAUGUUAAACAGGAUCUUCAUUCUUUAUGAGCAAAUCUUUCAAGAGUUGAGCAUCAGGCUUAGAGUAAUAAGUACUGAACAUAAAAUGUGGGAACAUUAGACUACAGCUUUAUUUACAUUAAGGACUCUACUGAUUUCCAAGGUCCUAUCUAUACUUAUUAGUUUUCAGUCAACUUGGAAAAAUUAGAGGAAUAUAUUGUGGUAUUUAAAUAUCAUUUUAGGUAAAGUAUUUAGCAUCAAUUUUUGUGAACCGCCCAGAGAGCUUCGGCUAUUGGGCGGUAUAGAAAUGCAAUAAUUAAUUAAUUAAUUAAUUUUGGGUGUCAGUUCUGCGGCCAGUUAAGUCCAUUUUCUCUAGAACACAGGAUUGCAAUGUUAGCUUGACUACCAUUUCAUGCUAUUCUUCAAACUGGUUGAGAAUACUUUUUCUCUCCAAGUCUGAAGGAUAAUUAUGAUAAAAGAAAAGCCCACUUGAAUUGUACAAGAAUUUAAAUUCUAUGCAUAGCAGGAGCCUUUAGUCUAUAGCAAAAGGGCAGAGUGGUGGCAGAUAAAAGUAUGUGCCUGAAAAGAUGGAUUUCAGUAUUGCUUGUGCAGUGCUAAGGAGGACAAGCAACAUAACUCAAAUUAUUGGUUCAUAUUUAUCUCUUUUAGAUGUGUUUUGAAAUGUACCAGGCAUCUAACAUCUCCUUAUAGUCUGUAAAUCCUGAGGCAGACUAGAGGGAUCACAAAUUACAUGUAUUAAUGCUAUCAUAGGUAUAAUCUCAGCUAUGCACAUAAUAGAAUAAGCCAUAUUAGGGAACAUGGCACAUGGCCUUUCUUUUAUAUAUACAUUGGAUCUGUUUUCUGAAUUUUAAAUUUUCAUUGUGUUUCCUUUGUAAGUUUGCUGCACUUGUAAUAGUUUUCCCAUUUAUAGAGUUCUGAUGUGUUUUAAAAACGUUGGGUUAGAUCUAGAAAUAGUAAUACUUAGUAGACCCAAUGAAAUCAAUGGGAGAAGUUAGUCAAGACUAACUUAAAUUCCAAUACAUUUCAAUUGAUCUACUCUAAAUAAGACUGUUUCUGGAUCUAGCCCCUGACACAUUUGUCAGAUUUCUUGGGGACAAUCUGUGACAAAUUUGAAGUCUUCAGUUAGAGGGUAUGCAUUAUUGUAUGUCAAAUGGCAUUGUGUGGCUGUCAGAAGAAAAAUAUAGAUGGUAUAUUCCCAAAUUUUUGUAAAAUGGAGGGGUUUUGCAUACAUUUUUACUCUUUAAGGACACAUACUCUGCUAAUUAUGUAUUUCUCUUUGCGUUAAAUUUUUUGGUAAUUUUACAUGAAACAAUUAUUUUCUAUUUUUACUCUAAAAUAUUUGUGCAUAAAAUUGUCAAUAUAGUAAAGUAAGAAAAUAAAAUUUUACACAGCAAAA